CAACACAACCCCGUACGUGGCAGGAAUGAAAUUUUGUGACAAGAAUGGGCCAUUUGGAUAGAGCCAUGCAAGUUCCCUUUCCCCAGUCUCUCCUACAAAUAACCCUCCCUUUCUUGCAUCCAAAGAUGCCCCAGCAAGAAAGAAACGGGAGGGCAGAGACAUAUUCCCACGGUCCUUGGCAUAGGCCACCAUGUCCCCUCCUGUGAAGCUCUCCUUCUUUGCCUUCCUUGCUCUUCUGGCAGCUGCAGUUCAUGGUGAUCUACAGAUUGGGUUCUACAACACGAGCUGCCCCACCGCGGAGUCACUGGUGCAGCAGGCCGUAGCUGCUGCUUUUGCCAACAAUUCAGGCAUUGCCGCUGGUCUCAUUCGCUUGCAUUUCCAUGACUGCUUUGUGAGGGGCUGUGAUGCUUCCGUCCUCUUGGACUCCACUGCAAAUAACACAGCCGAGAAGGAUGCACCCCCGAACAACCCCAGCCUCCGCGGCUUCGAAGUCAUCGCCGCCGCCAAGUCCGCCGUCGAGGCCGCGUGCCCCAAGACCGUCUCCUGCGCCGACAUCGUCGCCUUCGCGGCCCGCGACAGCGCCACCCUCGCCGGCAACAUCAGCUACCAGGUCCCAUCCGGCCGCCGCGACGGCAAUGUCUCCCUCGCCAGCGAGGCGAACGCCAACAUCCCCUCCCCGCUCUUCAACGCCACGCAGCUGAUCAACAGCUUCGCCGGCAAGAACCUCACCACCGAUGAGAUGGUCACCCUCAGCGGGGCCCACAGCAUCGGGGUGGCCCACUGCUCCUCCUUCCUCAACCGGAUCUACAACUUCAGCAACACCAGCGACGUGGACCCCACGCUGAGCUCGGCGUACGCGGAUCUCCUCAAGAACAAGUGCCCCUCCAACAGUACGCGAUUCACGCCCAUCACGGUGUCGUUGGAUAUCAUCACCCCCACGGUGCUGGACAACAGGUACUACACGGGGGUGGAGCUGACCCUGGGUUUGCUGACUUCGGACCAGGCCUUGGUGACCGAGGCCAAUCUGAGCGCCGCGGUGCAGGAUAACGCGAAUAACUCUGCAACGUGGGCUAGCAAGUUUGCGCAGGCGAUGGUGAAGAUGGGGCUGAUCGAGGUGCUGACUGGGACCCAGGGGGAGAUCAGAACGAAUUGCAGCGUGGUGAAUAGUGCCAGUCUUGGAGACGUCGUGAUGGGAUCUGGUCACCUCACGGAGGUGGCGACUAGUUGAUGCGAUCAACCCUCGGACGCGUGUUGGAUGUGUGUUGCGAUGGGUUCUGGAUGUUGCGUGUUGUAUGAAUAAAUGAAGACGUUUUCUGCUUGAUUUCGUCCUUAUCAUGAAUGAAAGACGAGUAAGCAAAAAAUAGAUGACUUUGUGAUUUUCUUUUUA